GUCUAUUCCUCAGUUCUUACCAUUAUUCUGUACUGAUGAAAGAUGCAGCACAACCACAAAAACGAGGUCACUAGAACCAUCAUGCAAGAUUUUGUUUUCAACACGAAAUACAUCGGACAUAUGGACAAUGUUCUCAAAGUUAUUGUACCUCUGUCUAUGCCCGGUGAUGGGAAGUUCAAUUACCCAGUAAAUAAGAAACGUACGAAACAAAACACAGAACAAUUGAUUCUAGCUGAGAGAAAUCUUGAUCACUUCUGGAGCCUUUUUGACAUUAAUUGGAAAAAAUUGACGAGGAGGAAUAUUGAUUCGUGCUUUGGGGAUCAUCCGCCAAGGAAGAGAGGGCAGAUUCAAAGGAAAUCGGCAUACGUCGAGCCGUUACAAAACAAAAUUAAGGCCCAAUCUCAAACAACCCAGGAACCACCGAUGAAAGAAUGGAGUCACAACGAAGAAAAUGACAAAGUCAAAACGAAAUCAAAGAAAGGAAAGGUCAAGACUAAAGGAAGUCCACAGCCACCUACAGAACCUGAAGCCGAACCCGAAAACACCGAAGUAACCCCCCAGCUCGAAGCACAGCGCAAAGUCAAAAUCCCUCACCACCUUGUUCGAGUCUUCAAUACAUUGGUUUUUCAACCCUGCCAGAACAAUACACCAGGCGAUGUCCCUUGGAUUGAAUUCCUGAAAGCUAUGGUAAAAAUGGGUUUCGCGGCGCAGAAAUUAUAUGGCAGUUUUUGGCAAUUCUCGCCUGUUUCAAAGGAGGGAGAAGAAAAUACAGGAGCAGAUAAGAGCAUUCAAUUCCACGAACCGCAUCCGGGUGUUAAGAUUAGUUUUAAUGUCGCUAGAAGAAUGGGAAGAAGAUUAAUGAGAAGUUUUGGAUGGUCGGGUGGGAUGUUUGAGGAGGAGUAGAGGGAGGGUAUGAGAAUUCAAUUCUGGGCAGGUUGUAGUAUCUAGGUAAGCUUGCAUAUGAAGGAAGGAUCGUUUGAAUCUUAGGUCUGGAUUUGGACUUUGAAUAUUCAAGAUUGUUAUGAUGCUAGGACAUGACAUUCUGGUACGCUUUCUAUUUCGAAUAUGGAAGAUGUUAAAGAUUGGUAUAGAACGCCUUGAGAUAAGCUAAACUGGUCGAUGGAGACUUUUUUUGUUGACGAAGAUCAAUACACUUGGUAAGUCUACCCUUUUGGCCGGCUUUGAAAACCAUUAGUUCAA